AUGAAGACAUGGAGCGAGGCGGAUAUGGAGGAGCAGACCCAGGAGCUGAAGACCAUCACUCGGCUCCAGGAACAGUGCCGGGCGCUGCAGGUCCAGGCCAUGAAGGAGAAAACGGUCAAAAACAAGGCGACGCUGGCUCUCCUGCGCAGCAACAUCCGCCAGAGGACCCAAGACUGGACUUUGGCCAAGAAGUACGACCAGCAGUCCAUCUCCAAGGCCUGCGGGAAGGACGCGCAGACGAGCCUGGCGCAUGGUCGCUGCACCAUGGAGGUGGCGCGGGAGAAGCUGCGCAAGUACGUCUUCGACCGCGUGAACGUGCACAACGUGCUGAUCCACCUCGUGCGGCGGCGCGGGCAGCAGCUGGAGAGCAUGCAGCUGGAACUGGCCAGCCUGCAGAACCAGCCUGUGGCCACCAAGGAGGAGCAGCGCCUGUUGCAGGUCAUCCGCCAGUUGGAGAACAACAUCGAAAAGACGAUGAUCAAGAUCACCAAGAGCCAGAACAUACACCUGCUGUAUGUGAACCUGCUAGAUUACCUGAAGAAAGAGCUGGCCGGAUACCCCACAGAACUAGACAAGCUGCAGGGUCUCGUGGUCGAAUACUGCUCAGAGCUGUCGGAUAUGACAAUCAUGUCCCAAGAUGCCAUGAUGAUUACGGAUGAGGUCAAGAUGAACAUGAGACAAGGGGAGGCGACCUUCAUUGAGGAGCGACGGGCACGGGAGAACAGGCUGAACCAGCAGAAGAAGCUGAUCGACAAGAUCCACACCAAGGAGACCAGCGAGAAGUACCGCCGGGGCCGGAGGGACCUGGACUACUCCUCCAAUCUGAUGAGUGUGGAAAGUCUCAGAAUGAAGAGAAAAGACAGCUCCAGGGCCAGCAUAGAGUACCAGACAAAUAUCAGCGCUUUGGUGGAGAAAGUCAAGACCGCUGUGCGCUGCUCCCACCUCUGGGACAUCACAAGCCAGUUCCUGGCUCAGAAGAACACGGAGGAAAACCUGGAGCUGCAGAUGGACGACUGUGAGGAGAGGCGGACUCAGCUGGAGGCCUUGAUGAAGAAGCUGGAGAUGGAGGAGGCGCUGCUGAAGUUCCACCAGAUGCCCAGCUCCAGCAGCUUUGAGUCUGUCCAGAAGAAAAUGAAGGACAUGCUGAAGAGGGAGGAAGAGAGGCUGCAGCUGGCCCACACUAACCUGACCAAGAGCCAGAAGCUGCUGCUGACCAUGCAGAUGGGCAUCGACAACCUUUACCUCCGGCUGAUGGGCAUCACCCUGCCCAAGGCCCAGAAAGACAGGGUACUCUCUGAGGGCCUGGACAGCCUGGACCUGCAAAGCAAGCUGGCAUACUGCGAGAGGAAGCUCCUGUUCCUGGCAGACAGAAUGCGGACGUUGUCCAUACCUGAGGAGGCCAACACGAAGGUGAGGGACACCCUGGAGUCCUCAACUCUGAAGGAGAAGCAGAACACCAGGAUCAGCUUUGAGGAUCUGGAGGAGGAUAUGAUCGAAACCUUCCAGUUCGCCGACAUGGACCACAGCUACGUGCCCUCGCGCGCCGAGAUCAAGAGGCAGGCCCAGCGCGUGAUCGAGGAGAGGCUCCGGGUGGCCAAGAAGAAGAAGAAGUGACCCGGAGGGGGGCCCUGUG